UCUAAGAGAGAAAGCUGACUAAAAGCGAGAUCCGGCUACGAAGAUAGCAGCGACCCGAACGGAUCCGUACAGAUCCGUCCACGCCCAGGAGAUUGCAUCGAGUUGUAACUGCUGCCGCGUGUAGCAGUUGGAAUGGAUGGUGACGUAACAUUCAGGGAUCUUAAAAAGCAGACCAACAGCUCGCUAAAACCAUGCCUAAAGUAAACUUCUACCGAAAAGACCCAUUGCACGAAUUCUUCAACCAUGCCGAUCGAGUUCACUGUAUUCAAAGGCUCGAAAGACGGAACCAUUGUACAAAGGAAAUCCGAGCGACCUGACUUGAAGCGCGACGAUGUCCUCAUUCGGAUCACGCACUCGGGCGUCUGUUUCACCGAUGUCCACUACCGGAAUACCGAUAUGGCAUUAGGUCACGAAGGGACUGGCGUGAUAGAAGCAACUGGACCUGAAGCCCAUCUUCUGAAGAAAGGCGAUCGAGUGGGUUGGGGAUAUGAGCAUGAUUGCUGCGGUCAUUGUCGUCAAUGCCUCACAGGAUGGGAGACCAUGUGCCGAGAGCGCAAAAUGUACGCUUAUGCAGAUCUUGAUCAAGGCUCAUUCGGCACCCACGCCGUGUGGCGUGAAGCAUUUUUGUUUAAAAUUCCGGACAAAAUGAGCAACGAGGAUGCUGGCCCUCUCAUGUGUGGUGGAUCGACCGUUUGGAACGCACUCACCAUCGCCCACGUCCUUCCCACAGCCCGAGUUGGUAUUGUUGGAGUCGGAGGCCUGGGGCAUCUGGCUAUUCAAUUUGCGGCAAAGAUGGGCUGCCAAGUGGUUGUGUUCUCCGGUACCGAUAGCAAGAAAGAAGAGGCAUUGAAGCUGGGCGCAAAGGAGUUCUAUGCGACCAAGGGUGCGAAGCAGUUGAAGUUGGAUCAGCCCAUCGAUAACCUGAUCGUGACUACUAGUAGUCAACCCGAUUGGGAGCUGUAUUUGAACGUGAUGGCUCCGAACGGCGUGAUUUCGCCCCUCUCCGUUGAUUCAAGCGACUUGAAGAUCCCAUACAUGCCUCUGCUGCUGAACGGCCUCAGUAUAAAAGGAGGACUCGUUUCGGCAAGACAGGUUCACCGCGACAUGCUUGAAUUCGCCGCUGUACACAACAUCAAACCCAUCAAAAUGACGUUCCCAAUGACACUUGAAGGAGUCAAGGAAAGCCUCAAGACUCUGGAGGAAGGCAAAAUGCGAUACCGUGGCGUUCUUGUGGCAGAGAAAUGAGGGCACGACACGAAGAAGUCCGCGACCCAAUGUACAAUUAACACAGUGAAGUAUCACUGUCGCAAUAUUUGGAAAUCUCUGUAAAGUACCAGAAUGAAAACUUGCUUGAAAUUUCAUCAUUUUCGAGUCGGGCCUGAAUAUUUAACAGAUAAAGCGGUUUUGCUAUUUCAUUUCAGGGCAUUAGUUGCACAUGAUAACCGGG